AUGCCCUAUUUUCAUAUUCUUUCCUUUAUUUCCUACAUAUUUGUUACAUAUUUUUAUAAGCAACAAUUUUUGUCUCAUACGCCUCUUUCUUUCACUCUAUUUCUUCUUUUCUUUUUUCUGAUAACCCUGCUUUCUUUAUUUCUUUCCUUCUCUCACUUUCUUAUAAUCCCUAAUUACCCUUCUUUCUUUCUUUUAAAAUUUUUCUUUCUUUCUUUCUUUUCAUCUUUUCUGUUAAAAUUUUACCUAUUUAUGUUUUCUUUUUAUAAUCCUCUAAUCUUUCAUCUUUCUUUUCUGAUGACCCUUCUUAAAACAAAUUUCUUUCUUUCUUUCUUUCUUUCUUUUCACUUUUCUGUUAAGACUUACCUGACUUACCUAUUUAUGUUUUCUUUUUAUAAAUACUGUAAUCUUUCGUUUUUUUUUCUUUUUAAUUGUUUGUUUUUUAUUUCUUUCUUUUUUCUUUCUUUCUUUCAAUUUUUUGUUAAAGAAAAACCUAUUAAUUUUUCUUUUAUAAUCCCUAAUCUUUUUUUUUCUUUUCUGAUUACCCUUCUUUCUUUUUUUCUUUUAUUUCUUUCUUUUACUUUCUUGUUAAGACUUACCUAUUUAUGUUUUUUCUUUUUAUAA